UAUUGGAUUGAUAUUUAUUAUUUUACUCUCUAAAAUUCUAAAUAAAAAAAGAACAAAGUUCUAGUCCACUUUCAGUAUAAAUUUUCUUUUUAAUUUGAGUCUGCGAUUGAUGACUACAAGGUUAGUUACUGUAUAGUAUUGUUUUUGCUUAAUCAUGUAAAAAUUAAUUUUUGUUUUUAAUUUCGUAAUUUGUUAACCGAUACCCGUCCAGUGUACUUAUUAAGACUUCACAAUCAUAAUAAUUGUUGAACAUGAAUCUAGUCAAUCGUAUAAGAAUAUUUACACCUCUCGUUAAUUUCACUCAAAAUGGAUUUAAAACGAUCAGCAGACCCAAUGUUUGCAAAAAAACACAUUCAGCUCCGCGAACACAGUUGCCUUUCAAUCGUUAUUUUAAAACAGAAUAUCCCAAAGUAGUGUUCUUGGGAUUUUCAUUACUUAGUAUUUUUGGAUUCGAAGAUGAAGAAGAUUGCGAACAGAAGUUGAUCAAUACCAUUAAAAGAGGUCUACUUUGUCUACAAAAAGAAGAUUACGAAUGUUUUGAACAAAAAUUACACGAAGCUCUUAAAAUAGCAAACAAUAUUAAAAGUUUUGAAGGCGUAACAUAUGUGUACGAUGUACUAGCUAAUGGAGCGUUUAUGAAAAAAGACUAUGUAAAUGCUGAAAAGCUUUUUGUAUUGGUUAUGCAACGAUUGAUGUCCAAAGGAUCUAAAGAAAAUGAUCUCAAUAUGCUGCAUAUUAGUCUCAAACUGUCGAAAAUUCUUGAAGCAAAACAAGAUUUUGUAAAAUGUGAAAUUGGUUAUACUCACUGUCUGAAACAUUUGGAAGAAUUGAUCAAACUGGAUCCAGACAAUGAGGACAUUUUGGGUUUGUUAUCGUUGACUUUGGACUCGUAUGCUCGUUAUUUAUUAAAUCGAGGAGACACAAAAAAAGCAUAUGCGCAUUUCAAAAAAUCAUACAAAACUUGUGUAAAACUUAAUGGUGAGAUUUACGAAAUGAAUGUAAUAUUGUUAAACGAUUUGGGCACGUUGUGCUAUGUUCAAGGCAAUGUAGACAAAGCAUUCAAGUAUCUAAACAAAGCUGCUAAAAUUGGUCAACACCUGCCAGACAUGGAAAGCUUUUCGACUGUGUACAUCAACCUCGGCAAUAUAUACUUGAAACAAGGCAUGCUAAUAGAAGCUGAAAAAUCGUGUACAGAAGGCAUAAAAAAUGCAAAAAGACAUAAUUUCCAAGAAGGCACUGAAGAAGCCAAUAUUUGUUUACGAGAAGUAAAAAACUUAAUGAAAUAAACUAUGAGUCUUAUAAAGAAUAAAAUCCACUUCACGCCAUCAUCUUUAGUUAAUAUCAUUUAGUCUCUAUAUGUGAUAGAUACUUUUUUUCAAAUUUAUAUACCAAAAUUAUAUAUAUUUAUGGUUUUAUAAAUAUAGUAAUUAUAGGCUUUUACCUUAUAGUUGGUAUUACGACUUGGAUACCAAUAAUUAACAUAUUAUUAAUAAUAUAUUUUUUUAAUUUUUUAUUGUACUAAAUAUAGCAAACACUAAUCUUACACCUAGUCAUAUUAAGCUUUUUGGUUUGUAUACAAUAAUUAAAGGUCCACUAUUAAAGUAAUUCAGUUACUAAACUUUGAAAAAUGCUGUUUAAAUACUAAACAAAAAGAAAGAAUCUUAGUGAGCACUUUUUUUAUUUAUCCAGUCAACACUUAACUAAUGCAAUAUUAACACUAAAUGUACAGGUUUCAUAAAAAUAAGUUUUUAUGUUUAAUAUAAUGUAAUGCAAAUUAUGCAAGAU